AUGAGUUUUAUAUCAUUUUAUGUAGCUGCUGUGGCGUGGGAAGCUGGAAAGCCAUUGGUAAUUGAAGAAGUGGAGGUGGCUCCUCCACAAGCAAAAGAAGUUCGUUUGAAGAUCCUCUACACUUCCCUUUGUCAUACCGAUGUUUACUUCUGGGAAGCCAAGGUAAAUAUCUUCACAAUUUUGAUUGUGGAGAGUGUUGGUGAGGGGGUGACUGAUCUCAAACCGGGGGAUCAUGUGCUCCCUGUGAUCACCGGGGAAUGCAAAGACUGUGCUCACUGUAAGUCUGAAGAGAGCAACAUGUGUGAUCUUCUUAGGAUCAACACUGACAGGGGUGUUAUGCCCAAUGAUGGUAAAUCAAGAUUCUCCAUCAAUGACAAACCAAUUUACCAUUUUGUUGGCACAUCAACUUUUAGUGAGUACACAGUGGUCCAUGUUGGUUGUGUUGCCAAGAUCAACCCCUUGGCUCCUCUUGACAAAGUUUGUGUGCUCAGCUGUGGAAUUUCAACAGGUCUUGGUGCCACUCUUAAUGUUGCAAAACUUUUAAAAGGGUCAAUAGUUGCUAUCUUUGGCUUGGGUGCUGUGGGGCUUGCUGCUGCUGAAGGAGCAAGGAUUGCUGGGGCUUCUAGGAUUAUUGGUGUUGAUUUGAAUUCAAAUAGAUUUAAAGAAGCAAAGAAGUUUGGAGUGACUGAAUUUGUGAACCCAAAAGAUCACAAGAAACCAGUUCAAGAGGUGAUUGCUGAGAUUACCAAUGGAGGAGUAGACAGAAGCGUUGAAUGUACUGGAAAUGUUGACGCCAUGAUUUCUGCAUUUGAAUGUGUCCAUGAUGGUUGGAGUGUUGCUGUUCUUGUGGGGGUUCCUCAUAAAGAUGCUGUGUUCAAGACUCACCCUAUGAAUUUACUGAAUGAAAGAACACUCAAGGGCACAUUCUUUGGAAACUACAAGCCCCGUUUUGACCUUCCCUCUGUGGUUGAAAAAUAUAUGACCAAG